AUGGCGGAGGAUGUUUUGAACACAAAACAAGCGUUUGAUUAUUGGAACAAAGUCGAGGCGGAGUAUUUGAAGACGAUUAAAUUUAUACCACAGCGACCUUUUCGCACUCCUCGAGAAUUACAAAUAUGGAUUUGGAAAGAAAUCUUCCAAGAGACCAAACGUUUUAAUGUCGACGAAUUCAUCUCUUCUUUACAAAUAGUGAAGAAAAUGUGGGAGACCAAAGACACAACCACUACACUCACAGAAGACGAACAAAACGACAACAAAGCACUGACACAUUUUUUCGAACAUGAAGAAGUUUCACAACAAAAACAAGUCGUUUCGUUAACACCCGAAGAAAUCGACACGAUGCCAAUUUCCGAAGUUAAUGACCGAAAAGAACAAUUAAAAGAGCUUCAGCAAGAGCUCCAAAGUCUUGAGAUAGAAAUAAAAAAGCGUGAAGAUGUUGUUCGUGAACGGGAGUCUGCUGUGUUAAUGUGUGAAGUUCACUUUGAAGAGAAAAGUGAAGAACUCACUCGUGUGACGCAACAAGUCAAAGAUGCGGAGGACAAGCUGAAAGCGUUAAAAAAGGAACUUGAUACCACUGAAAAGAGUUUAACGAGUAAAAUGAAAGACAUCAAAACAAAAGAAACGGACAUCCAAACGAAAGAAAAACAAGUAGAAGAAGACGGGAAGAUCCUUAAAAUCCAAAUUGAUGAGGUCCAAAAAAUUAUAGCACGACCGGGCUCGUUAUCUCGAGGACUGUCGAUGGACUUAUCAAAUUACGCGACACUCACUGCGUCGGCUCAUAACAGUAACAGAACGACACCAAAUUUGACGCCACGACUCACACGCGUGAUGGCACAGAAAGAAGGAGAGAAGAAGAACUUCAAAAUUGGGAAGAUGCGGAGUCCACAGAGUUUAGAUGAGAAGGAGAAGAAUGAGAUAUUACAGCGGAGUGAAUUAUUCGAGUCAAAAAAAGAGGGAGAACUAUUGAAUGAAAGGGGGGAGUCGACGGUUGAAAGAAAAGAACGACGAGACUCGGAAGUCGGCUUGAAAGUGCGCGAAUUGAUGAAUCAAAAUUUUGCACAGAUGGUCGAAAUCACACAACUCCGAGACGAAUUGGAAGACUCGAAACAACAGUGUGUGCGCCUGAGUGAAGCGAUUAAUACUGAAGACGUCUUAACAAAGACCAAAUUAAAGAGGGAAUUGACUGAUGAAGAGAUCGACGAGUUCGUUGGAGUCUUUUUAAAUAUUCUUUCGAAUAAACAAAAGGAGACGCGGGGGAUCUUGGCGUUGGCGAUCUAUGACUCCGUUAAAUUAGAUCUUCCAAGAUCGCCAAACCUCAAUCUACGAAAGAGUCUGAAUGUCAAGAAGAAGUUUCAGUACUCUUCGCAGCGUCCCAAGUCGAUAGGAAAUGAAGAGAUAGUGAAUUGUGGAAACAAAGAAGUGAUGAUGGAAGAUCUGUAUAUGACUAUCAAUCAAUUUCGAAAUGAUGAAUAUGUCUAUUUUAGACAGUUAUUAGAAUUCUUUGAGAUCUAUAUUAAGGCGAUUAAGUGUGUCAAUAAAUAUAUAGAUUUUGCUAAGAACAUUGGAGGGAUGUUAGAGAAGAUGAUGGCGUUGAGUCGAAACAUUUUAAGAAGUGUCGAGAAGCUUGUAUUAGAGAAUAAUGUAGUGACUAUUGGAGACAUCUUAAAACCUUUAAUACAAGACUUUGAAAUAUAUACACUGUACUUUGGAGGGUAUCAACUGUUCUCGAAGAGUUUCCCACAAGUCGAAGAAGACCUUGAAAUCAAUAAACAAGUCGUUUUAAACAUCUCCGUGUACGUCAACACACAAAGAGAAAUCCAGAAGGAGAAUUUUGUCCCGCCAGUGAUCGAUAAUCCACAGAGUUAUUUGCACCUCCCUAUAACGCGAUUGGAGGAGUAUCUGCACUUCUGUAAAACGACGAAAAAAUGCUUGAAAACGUCACAAAAGGACUUUACUGUAGUUACUGAGUGCGAGGAAUUCCUCGAGCGGAUUUUCACGUCAGCAACAAAUUUACUGAGAAGCACAAAAAGCUCAAAUAACGUCAUGACUGUCGAGAAAAGUCUUCGGAAGUCGACGGGCCCUCUUGCCAUCAAAAGAAGGAAAUUGGUGUAUUUUGGACUCUUAAUUCCAAUAGGAGACGUGUUUGGGGCUGAGAAGAGUAUACCACGCAUGUGUGUGUUGAUGAACAAUUUAUUGCUGAUUGCAAAGGUGAAGAUGUUUAAAGGAUUGAAGGUGGACGAUGGGUAUAUCACUAGAAAGUUCACUGGAGAACAGGAGUGGAGUAUCGACGAUAUUAGCGAGAUGACACUGAUUGAGGAGUUUCGAAUGGGUUUGACACCACCCGUCACGUCUCUUGUUGUUAUUGAUGACAAACUGAAGAACGUUUUCCUCAUUAUACAAAACGAUGUUAAACUGCAUUUAUUGGCUGCAACGGAGAAGAAUAGAGAGAAGUGGAUGAAGUAUAUAGACGGGCUUUAA